ACCGCACAGAGCCGCAUGCGCACAGGCGGUUGCAAGACGCAGUUUGCUUCCUCCCGUAAACUACUACAAAUAGCUUGGAUUGUGCAGAGCACUCCAUUCACACGUUUGGAAAGGGGUGCAAUGGGCAAGCCACACGCCGUAGUGAUCCCAUACCCGGCACAAGGCCAUGUCAUACCCCUCAUGGAGCUCUCCUAUUGCUUGGUGGGCCACGGUUUCAAGAUCACGUUCGUGAACACAGACUUCAAUCAUCUCCGAAUCAUGGCUGCAUCGCCGAAGAUUGUCGAUGGGACUGAUCAUAUCCGUCUGAUUUCGAUCCCGGACGGUAUGGAGACCGGUGAAGAUCGCACUGACCUUGGGAAGCUAUGUGACAGUAUCUUAAGUGUGAUGCCUGGCUGUUUAGAGGAGCUGAUUAGAAAGAUCAACGGAUCUGAUAUCGACACUGUCACAUGCAUCAUCGCAGACGGUAGCAUGGGGUGGGCCAUAGAUGUUGCUAAGAAGAUGGGAAUACGAGGAGUCGCCUUCUGGCCAGCAUCUGUGGGCCUCUUGGCUGCAAUACUUCAUAUUCCGAAGCUGAUGGAGGCUGGAAUCAUCGAUGACAACGGAUUUCCAACCAAACAACAACAGAUGAUCAAGCUCUCCCCCACCAUGCCCGAGAUGAACAUUGCCCACUUCUCAUGGCUAUGCAUUGGUGACCAUACAACGCAGCGUACCAUUUUCCUGUACUUGCUUAACAACGAUCGUGCAAUCAAAGCAUCUGAUUGGAUCCUCUGCAACUCCUUCAACGUCAUCGAAUCAUCGGCCUUUGAUCUGGCGCCACACAUCCUCCCCAUCGGCCCUCUCCAUGUGCACACUCAGCUCGGGCAGCUCGAUGGGAACUUCUGGCAAGAGGACUCAACUUGCUUGAACUGGCUCGACCAACAGCCAGCCCGCUCAGUUAUCUACGUUGCUUUCGGCAGCUUCACGGUAUUGAACCGACAUCAGUUCCAUGAACUCGCACUUGGGCUCGAACUAUCCAACCGUCCAUUUCUAUGGGUUGUACGGCCUGAUCUUAUCAACGGGUCAUCAGAAGCCUACCCAGAUGGCUUCGAAGCUAGAGUAGCUGACCGAGGGCGGAUGGUCGGAUGGUCACCUCAACGGAAGGUGUUGGCUCACCCUUCGAUCGCCUGCUUCGUAACUCAUUGUGGUUGGAACUCAACCCUUGAAGGGUUGAGCAACGGAGUUCCAUUCCUGUGCUGGCCUUACUUUUGUGACCAGUUCCUCAACAAAAGUUACAUUUCUGAUGUUUGGAAGGUGGGCCUGGGUUUGAGCUCAGAUAUCAAAGGGAUCAUUUCAAGGGUUGAGAUUAAAGGAAAGGUGGACCAAUUGGUUUCUGAUGAGGGGAUAAGAUCAAGGGCCUUAGAGCUCAAGGACAUGGCUAGAAAAAGCGUUGGGGUAGGAGGAUCUUCUUCCAAGAACUUCAAUGAUUUCGUUGAAGCAAUGAAGUUAGAAAUCCAGGGUAUCCAUUAGGUUGAAUGUACCCUGGCCUGAAAGUACGUCCGCGGUACA